CACCGACACGAUGGUCAUGCAAACGCGUUAACGAAAAAUAUAACAACACAAAUAAUAUACAAAAUUUAAAUAAAUAAACAAAUAAACACACUAAAAUAUGCACUAAAGCACUAGCUAAACCAACGAACUGUAAAUAGUUGUGUAAAUAAAUAAGAAAAACAUAAGAAACCUUGAAAUACAAAAAAGACCGCUCAAGUUCCUAUACAUUGAGCUGGACAAUUGUGUUUGAAAAUAUUUGUUUGAUCGAUUUUGUGUGUGUGAAACACCUUGUGAAGGCAUUCGUAAAACCAAUUGCCAUAGCAAGUAAAGUGUGUUAAACAACGAAAACACCCUCUGAAAAUUUAUAUACUACCCCCUAUUCGAUCGGGUUAGGGUUAACCUACCACAAGAAGAGAGAGUUUAUAGUACUUCCCUUUACAAGUUUUGUGUUUUAACGUGCUGCUGACUAAUUGCCUUUAUAUAGCCCGACUAUAUAAAACUGUACAAUAAGGACAACGGCCAACACUCUUUUGAUUUCAACGCCUCAGUUAAAGCUGGAAAUUGCUUCGCGCUCAAGUGAAGUUCUAAAUGUUCGCAGCGAAAACGUUUUUCAAUUAAUUUCCAUUUGAGAACGUUCGUUUCUUUUCGGUUUCUAAUUGAACACAAUUGCACCAGAGCCAUAAAAAGUGAACUGCAUUCCAAGUAGAGCAAGACAGUAACAACUUCAUCAUCAACAUAUCGUCAGAUGCUGCAUAAUUAGCAUUCGUUUGUGUGGAGCAACGAAAAAAACAAAAAAAAAAAGAAGCGGAAAAUGUAUCUCAUACAGACUGUUCAGACCACUUGGCGGCCACAGUUGCCAUUGCCCAGGGAGCUUCAAUUGACCAAUGACCGGAACAGCGCCGAUGACCACGACUCGAAGGUGAUCACAACCACUACGACCACAGCGGACAUCCAUUAUCACAAUCAGGAGGAUCAUCAGGAGGAGGAUUUGGAGGACAUGGAUCGGCUAAGGGGCAAUCACAGCAUUGGAGGAUCCUCACAGCAGCUCUCGGGCAAACAGAAAUGGUCCUUUGGCAGACUUUUCCGGAAAAAGAAGGAGGCGGAGAGUGCUUCGUCGAGUGAGGAGGAUCGCAAGGCCGGGUUUGUGCCCGCCCAGCGUCAAUUGGCUGGCAAACCAAAGGGAAAACAUGUCAAGAACUCAAGGGGUAGCAGCAAAUUCGAUCAUAUAGUGAGCCCGCGACAAGAGCAGGCUCCACCGCAUCCACCGCAUCCUCCUCAACCGCAAAUCGACAAUGAGUUCUUUUUGCCCUUGGAGAAUAUACAACCCCCCGAACCAUAUUACCAAAAUCAACCGGGCUACUAUCAGCGUUCUAGUAACUCUUUGGACAGGAGAUUACUGCUUCAACAGCCAACUGGCCUGCAGGGAAAUGGUUACCAACAGCAUAAAUCUCGCUCGGGGCAAAGGGGACCCAAGGCACCGGGAGCUCACUCCAGCGAAGAGGAACUGAUAUCGCUGAACUCCUCCACAUUCUCCAAAUACCGCAGUGAUGAGAGCAUACACUUGGGCUCCGCCGCUGGACAAAGUCGACGCAGUCGAGCGGCUCGCAAUGAGCGUUACUACAAGAGAUUAUCCCGCGAUGGCGAGCCAAGUCAUGGUGGAGCUCCAGUUGUUAACCAGCAACAGCAGCAGCAGCAGCAGCAGCAGCAACAGCAUCGUUACAAAACCCAGCCACUGCCUUUAUCCAUCUACCAGCCAACAAAUACCUCCCAUAGCUAUGUCCAAUGGCAGCCGCAGCCGCAAAAAAACCUGCAGAAUGCCAUGCAAAACGAUGGCAAGCGAAGCAUAAGCUACGACAGUCACAUACACCUGCAGAAUAUGAAUGGCAGGAUGCAGAGCAAGCCAUUGCCACCACCACCACCGCCCAGGGAUCCCCUGAGAAGAGUGCAUGUGGGUCAGCAAAUGGGCUCCAGCUCCGGGGAUCUGCGACCCGUGUCCUAUGCCUUCGAUCACAAUAGUCGCUGUGCCUCGGAUGAUCGCAUUUGGCAGCCACCGCAUUACCAAUCGGUGCACUCACUCAACUCCCAGCCAAGUUCCUCGAUAGUCAGUGCUCCGGUGAGCCAGCAGCAGCCGCAUCACAGGAGAUUCAUAACGAGAUCGGAGCGGAAUGCCCAUCCUGGCAAGCAAUCCCUGCCCAACGGCAUUGAUUUUCACUAUGUGGCAGAUGCAACUCCGCGCUCCCGGAAGCCCAUACACAUGAUGGAUGCGGGCACGGGCAGGCUGGAUAACAGUGGGGUGCCCCCAUCCAGUGGCAUACUGAGAACCUCCAAGAGUGGCCUACCCAAUCCACCGCCCCAGCAGCAGCAGCAGCCACCUUUGACCAAACCCCGAUCGUUUUCCAGCUCGCGUUUGAGUGAACUGCGCACCUAUCCCAUGCCCAUGUACUCCGAAGUGCAAAAGCCAAAGAGGAAUCCGAAUCCCUCACCCAAUCAGGACAACAUAGUGUGUGGCAGUCUGCACAUUAAGCCCACUCAAGAGCAUGGCAAUCAGAACUAUGUGGAGAUCCGCCAUCGGGAUGUGCACAAGACCAACUCAAUGCCGCAUCAUUAUCAGAGCAGGCGUUCUGGCGAGGAUUUGCCCAAUAAGUACGAGGAGUAUGUGGCGGAGAAGCGGGAGCAACAUCAGCAGGCACCAGCUCCGGUUUAUCCAGAACGCAAAGUGGUGGAGCCACCGCCACCGGUUUACUUUCCACGCAAGAAGCCAGCCAAUUUGGAGGAGGCCAUCAACGAACUGGAGGCCAUAUACAAAUCGCUGGGACUGACAGAACCAGCCGAAAGCAAAAGGGAACCACCACCCAAGCUGGAUGUCAUAACCAAAAUGCGAGUGCCAACGCCCAGUGACUUUGAAAAGUUUGCCCUGGCGCAUGCGGAUGAUUAUGAGGAUGAGGAUUCACCCACCGGCGAACCUGAUCCAGUGCGAGAUGAUGUGGCCUUUAGGAACCUGCAGUUGGCCAAUCUGCAGCAUCGUAGCUCGGAGAAACAGCCACCGUUUGGCAUCCCAGUGGGUCCAAUUGUGCCCGCGCCCCAGUCCGAUUAUCUUCAUGUGGAGCCAGUGAGGGUGAAGAAGAAGACGGGCUCUCCUGACAUCAUUAAAGAUGAUCUGGCUGUGCGUUCCCUGCGCAAAGAUCCUCCAGGACCCAAAUCCAGUUUCAUCUAUCCCAUGCAAAAGAAGCAAAGAGCCACGCGCACCCAAUCGGCCAACAUUUACAACCUGAUACACCGAGAUGCGGCCAAACCUUCGGGUGGAGAUCUCAAUAGCUAUAUGGAGUUGACCCGGAAUCUGGAGAGAGCUGGCAGCAUGUCCAAUUUGCAGGGUGAACAGGGCAGUGAUACCAAUGAUGUGCCUGCUACGCUGGAUCUUCUGCGCAAGCUAAAGGCACAGGAUGAGGAACUGGCUGUGGCCAGGAAAUCCCAUCAUCCCAUACCCUUUAGGCAUCCCAGUCAGGGUGGAGCCAUUUCCCAACUCCCCGAGCGUCUGAACAAAGAGGAGGCACCCAGAACAGCUCCGGUGCCAGCUCCCCGCAAGAGUCUCACCCCAGAACCCUUGAUGGACGAUGCUCUCAACAAGAUUGCCCAGGAUGCCCAGGCCAGCAGCAUUAAACUGAGCCAGGAACUCCAUGAACUUCGCCGGGAGGCUUUGAUCACAGCCGCCAGACCCAAAUUGAAUGCGGAACAGCAAAGAUUGGAGGAUGAACUGCAGCAGAUUGAGGCUGUUUCCGAGGCGGCCAAGCGUUGUGGGCAAAUGCUGCUCGAAACUCUGCCAGAUGCGGGUCACGAGGAACCGGAAACCCAAGAGAAACCCCUAAGAAAGCUACACAAAGAGGGCAAACUCAUACGAGCCAUUGACGAGGUGUCCGAGGCAGCCAAUGCAGUGUGCGAGAAGAUCCUUAAGGAUAUUGUGACAACCGAACCACCAGUCAUUGUACACGAGGCCCUCCAGGUUAAGCAGACCAUAAAGACCGGAGCCGGGGGAGAACAACUGGUGAUGCCGCAUCUCAUCAAGAAACUAGAUCCCAUACAAUCCGACAAAAUAGAGCAUAUAGCCAGGCGCUGCAUGAGACAACUAAGCGAACUGGCCAACCAACCGGACUAUGAUAACCUGGAUGCCACCUGUAAUAUAAACAGCAGCAAAGCAGCGGGUGAUGCCACUCUCGUUUGUUCCGUUCCAGAGAUCAAAGCUAAUCCCGGCCAGACGCUCGAGGAGAUCGACAAGAUUAUGCAGGAGUGCGAGCGUCAGGCGAAAAGCAGCAGCUCAACCAAUACCACCGAUGAUCAGCGCACCACCGCCCCCAGUUUGACGAGUGGGAGUGGCAGUGCCAGUGGCAGCGGCGGCGGAGGAGGCAGUUUCCCACCCAAUGUGAGCACCACCGCCAGUUCGUUCAGUUCGAGCAGCGAUUGUCUGGCCAAGUCGUCGAGUCCGUCGCGUGGCAGUCGUCCACUGUCCUCGAGCAUCACCUCCUUCAAUCCGUACUCCUCCAGCGAUUACAUCAAAUCGCAGAGCAGCGAUUGCCAUGCACCCAGCACCGAUCCGAUCAAGACAUUUAGCACCACCUCGUACGAGGGUCAGUCCACACCGCAGAGCACGACCAUAAGCACGAUCAGCAAUACACUGAGUAGCACAACUAAUCCGAGUGUGGAUGUGGAGUCCAGGCCAACCGAUUGCUCGGGCUCAUCACCACCACCGCUGCAGCUGACACCAGUGGGUGAGCGGCGGAGGAAGAGGGGAGCCUCUUGCUCCUCCUCCUCCUCGACGUCCUCGCCGUCGCAGUACAACUCCAGUGAGGAGCUGGCUGCCAUUUUUGGCAUCGAAGAGCAGCCGAAACAUCAUCGCAGCCGGUUGACAGAAACCAUUGCGGCCUCAAGUGACUUAUCCACAGCACCUGCCACUGCCAAAAAAACUAGCUGCCAGCCAACUGAGUCACAGAAACUGCAAACACAGAAGCAACCAAAGCAGCAGACGACCACCAAUUCGGAGGAUUCCAGUUCUCAGAAGAGUGGUUAUCGUGGUCAGCAUCCGCACUUUCAUCACCACACCACGCCGGCUUAUUACACGGAUCUUCAGCUGAAAAUACACACCCCGAAUGCAUCGGAUGUGGGGGCCUUGAAUGAGAACUAUCGCAGUGUUUAUAGCACACCAAGUACACAGUUGGUGGAGCAGCGUUCGUUUCCCAAGAGCUCCACGGCCACCAAGGAUCCACCAUUGGCCAUAAGCAAUACCCAUCUUCAGGCUAGGGGAACAUUUUUUCGUGGCGACUCUGCGUCCAGCGACAAUCACACAAGAUUGCUACGCCGGAAUCAGAAUCCGAAUCAGCUGAGAACCGGCAGCGAGGGACGCUACUUCAGAUACUCUCAGGGAUCUGUGAGCCCUACCAAAGGUGAACUGAAUACGAACAGCCGAGAAGGUGUUAGUCACUCCCCCAUCACAUCUACCAGCACCACCACCACCACCAUCAGUAGUAGUUGUAACCCACCUGUAGAACAGGCUAGUCCAUCACCAACACCCGUAGUGAAUCCCAGCGGAUCCGGAUCCGUAUCCGGUCGGAAUAGCCGGCACAAGCAGCGUUUCCAGAGUCGUUCCAAAAGAGCGGUGCGCGUGCGCAGUGAAUCGCGACCCAUCAGCGCUCUCUACGACAUAAUAUGCAAGGAGAAGAAUCUGCAGAACAGCAGCAGCAGCAGCAGCAACGAGGAGCUCAAGGAUCAAAGGGAUCUGAAGGAUCAGCAGCAACCUAAGCCGCCAACAACCGACAAGCUGGCGACGUUUUGGCCCCUCCACCAUCACUACCUCAAUCCCCCGAUGAGCGGCGGCAAUUCGGGCGGCACUGGCAGCAAUCCCAAGCAGCAACAUCAUCUUGUCACAGGAGCAACCAAGGAGUUGCCUGCGGGCAGCAGCAACAGCAGCAGCAGCAGCACCGAUGAUGAUGAGGGAUCACUGCGAGCGCUGCACUCCAGUCGCAAGGUCACCAAUUUGAGUGCCAAGGCCACUUCACUGCCACCGGAAGAUGGAGGAGCAGCAGCAGCAGCAGCCGCCUCGCAUGACCUCUCACCAGCCACCUCCCAUCGACUGAAUCUUCGACUGGCUAAGAGUUUGGAACCCUCAUCGCGUAGCAUACCAUCUGCAUCGCAGAGUGUCCAGAACUACGAUGCUGGCGAGCCCGUGAACACAGAGCGUUUGUUCGUGGAACCACCUAAAAUACCACUAUCGGCCAUUGUGAAUACCCUGUACGAUCAUGAUCUGGAUAUCGAAGACUGCGAUAGUACCACCCAAUUUGAUCAGGGUGAUGUCUACGACACUUUGGAGCGCUGGAGCCGGGAGCUCAGCUCGGGAACGCAGCUAGUGAAUGGGGAAAAUGGCCACCACCAUCAUGACCACCAGCACCACCACUAUUCAGAUCCCGAAGCAGACCACCAAGAACAACCACCCGAUCAUCUCGAGCAUGCACAUCAAUCAUUGCCAGUAGAACCCAAGUCUCAUCAUCAUCAGGCCACCAAUGCGCGCAGAUUCAUAACGCGCACCACGCGCUCUGCCAGUCGCCAAAGUUCCGCCGGACACUCUCCGCCGCCGCCAAAAUUGCAUCAUAGUGGGCGGGACGACUCCUCCAGCUCCAGUUCACCAUCGCCCAGUCGGAGAAGGAAUCGACCACCUGGUGAUCCCCCAUCCUCCUCGGCCAAUGGCAAUAGCUCCGCUUAUGAGACGGCAGCCACCACUGUGAUGACCCACGACCAGCAGCGACAUCCUCCUCCAGUUGAAGUUCCUAAGGCUCUAACCAUCGACAAACAACAGCCGCCAGAAGAAUCCUGCCCCACUGCAUCUGCCAUUUCAGCAGCCACAGCGAACAGCCAAAGUCGAGGAAAAGCUGGCAAAUGCAGUAUUAAUUGCACCUACAGCCACAGCAGCAGCAGCACCAACAACAAUCGCAACGGCAACAACAGCACGUGCAACAACAAUACUAAACAACAGCAACACGCCACUCCCAUGCCGCCCCUAGCUAAUGCCAACAAAGCGCCGUUAAUUGUGAUUAAGACAGUCACAUCUGCAGCAGCAGCAGCAGCAGCAGCAGCAGCAACAGCAACAGCAACAGCAACAGCAACAACUGCAUCCACCGGCACGGCAGCAACAUCUGCUGCUGGUUCGCCCAAUAAGCGUCGCAAGAAUCCCCUAUCGCCGCUGCAUCUUGGCAGCCACCAGUCCACCAUUGCUCCUCCGCAGGCCAUUGCCAGUCCGCUUCUCAGCGGCGGCGGCGGCAGCUGCUCCUCCUCGACCACCUCGCCCCAAUCCUCGCCAGCGGUUCGCACCACGAAGGCAAGUCGCCUUCGCGCCGCCGCGCUUGAUAAAAAGAAGGAAGAGGAGCAGCGCCAGCGAUACAGUUCACCCGUUUCACCGAGAUCAUCCAGCAACGGUGGAGCACUGACCCAUCGUCGACUCAGCAGCUCGGAACUAUCGCCCAAGUCGCCAGGUGCCAGUGGUUGCACCUCGGAACCAGCUGCUUCAGCCAAUCCGAGCAGAAUCCCUGCGAGAUCUGCCUCCCAACCGGUGGACACACUGCCCACCCAAAGACGCCAACCUCUGGUGGCCGUGGGCUCCGGCAUCUCCAUGAAGCAGAAUCUCAGCGAAUUGCACUUCACGGGCGGAGCAAUGAGUCCGCCCAAGGCCACCGCGGAAUGCACUCUCCGGAUGCGACCACGUACGUCCACAAUGAGCACGGAAAAUGCGGAGAAUGGACGACGUGACCACUUGGCCAAUCUGCAACUGAGUCCCGUGCAAAAGCACAAAAGAACGCCCGAGGUAUCACCGCGUCGUUUGGGAGAUCGCGACAAGUCGGCCAAACGGAAAUCGAAUUUAAAUCGUUCGUUGACCGAGGAAGCCACCAAGGAUGGCGAUGAAGUGGCCUCAUUAACUCGUAGACGACGACGUCGCGAAUUGGGCAUGGCCCGUCCUUUGGUUCCUGGCGAUGAUGAAGCUCUAAGGGAUUUGCUGCAAACACCGCCAAAGAGUUCCUGCAGUGAGUCAACCUCUGUUUCGGACAACUAUCGUCAGUUUAUGCCGGCUACCGGACGACAUCCAGAGGUGCCAGUGCGCACCAUGACUGCCGUUUUGCCCGCUCCACGACCUCUGCAUGCCCCCGUGGCCCGGAGUGUCACCCAGAAGUUUAACGAAAGGACCAAAACCGAUCUGGCCGAGAUCAAGAAGAUUGCCGAGCAAUCCGAGGUGCAGCAGCAGCAGCAGCAGCUUCCUUUAACGGAUGAGGGCCAGAAAAUGUCAGCCAUAAUGCGCCGGAAGAGCACGGAUGAGGGUGGCCUGCCCAUCCAGAAUUCACCACCUGCACCCAAUCAAAUUGUAUCUAUAUUGAAGAAAAAAGAGCACGGCCUGGGUGAUUGCAACUCCAGUGCCUCGAGCAAUCCUUCGCCCGUGACCUUCUCCUCCAGUGUGAUAGAUCAUCCGCUGGCAGGAGCUGGUCGCUGCAAAAGGCAGGGUAUCCUUAAGAAAAGAUCCAGCCUGGAUGAGUCACGCUACUACUCACGGUCCCACUCACCCGACGAACGUAGCAUACUGAUCAAGUCGGCCAGAAGGAAUUCCCUAGAGGAAGCGGGCACUGGCUUGAGUCCAGCUCAGGCCCAUGGCAUACUCAAGCAGAGCAGCUACGACAGCAGCAAGAGCGAUGGAUGUCCAUCGGCCACGGAAAGUCAGCCGCAUAGUAUACUAAAGAAAAAGGAUUCGCUAUCCACGCCAUCGGAUGGCGGAUGCCACAAGCAUGUCUCGAUUUCGCAAGCUGUGACCUUGGCCGCCGCCGAACUGGCCGCCCAUGAUGGCAUUACCUACGAAGAUGGUGAAGAGCAUGAGAUACGACCCAUUCUGAAGCAGGAGAGCACCUCCAGCGAGGAGGCAGUGCGUCCGCCCAAGCCCAUACUCAAGAAGAAGUCCUUUGGCGAGGCAGAUGAACACGAAAUACGUCCCAUAUUGAAGAGUUCCCGCAAGAGCAGUCGCGAGGAGUUCGAUUUGAGUGGUUUGGAGCACGAGAUGAGUGAUAACCUAUCCUCAAUCCUGAAGACAGACUCGCCUUCCAAGCGGCGUUCCUUAGGUUCCACCUCGCAUGAUGUGAGUGUGGAUGACACCAACUCAUCACCUAGUUUGCUUAAAAGACGCACUCGCUCGCUGGAACGUCAGGAUGUGCAGCCUGGCAUGGAUUUGGCAGCCGCACUGGAUGCUAUUGCCAACUCGCAGGCGGCUGCGCCCAGCACACCGGUGGAUUUUGUGACCACACCGUCGAGCAUUUCGGUGGCGGAGCGCAUCAAGCGCAUGGAGAUGCUGUCCACGCCCACUUCCCGUGCACCGGGCGGGGCCAACAGCAGCUGGGAGUCACCCUUGGAGCAGGGAAGUCCUGCCACGCCAAGAGUCCUCAAGCCCAGUGUCUUGCGCAGGGAUUUGCAGAGGGAGCGGUACAAGACACAGCCCGUGACCAACGAGGAGAUGAGCUUCUUUAAAGCCAACUCCGCGCCUUUCGACAUCUCGGCCACGUCGGCAUUCAAGCCCACCAAACCGCUGGACAUCCGUUUGAGAAACGCACCGCAACCACCGUUGAUUUCGCCAAUCACAGGACAACCACUCAGCCACGUGCCGGCACCACUGCUGCUAUCCUCGUCGACGAAUUCGGGAGCAGGAACCUCCUUCCGGCUGGCCCGCAGCUCCACCCAACCGCUUCAGUCGCCACGCGUUGUCCAUUUGGCCGGUCAGGCUACUACUGGUGGCCAACUAUCACCGCAAUCCUCGCUGCUGGCACGCCAGAAUUCAGUGAACGACAGCGUCAAUCUCAGCGAACAACUGACCCUAUCCAUUGGCACGGACAGUGAGCACAUCUUCGAGAUGUCCGCCCUGGAGGAGGAUUCCGCCAUUCAAUCGCUGAGCGAUGAGACAGCCGCUUCCGGAUCGGGAAACUCGACCUCGACAGCCACCACUGCAUCCACCACCGCAUCCAACGCCACACCACCGAGUGGCUUAACGCGGAGCAAUAGCGUUCGAGCCAGGGCCAAUAUGUUCCAGCAAUUGCAGGAACAGUCGCGCAAUCAACGAGCAACGGGAGCCUCCCGUCAAUCUCCACCAGCAUCGGCAGAGGUUUCAUCAACUGCAGUCGACAAUUCCAUGCAAAGUGAUGAGCUCGCCACGCCAAAUGCAACAAUGGAUGCGGAAUUUGGAAAACCCAGCGCUGAACCACUUAAGAGCAUUCUUAAGACGGGAAAACCUAUGCUGGGCAUGGGUCGCGGCCUAAUGCCCGUGGAUCUCAAUGCCGAGCUAAAGAAUCGCCUCAAACGCUCCACUCAUGCCACCGUUUCCAAUCUCCGUAAAUCUGCCACCACGGCAGAUGCCACUCGAGGAGCUAGUGAUGAGGUGGACAAUCCGCAACGGAAUUUAGCCCAGAUCUUGAGGAACGUCUCCAAGGAGAACUCCACGCCGCCGAAACACGAUGAUGCGGUGAGUCUGGUGAGGAAUCUCUCCACCUUGGGACAACCUCGAUCGACGGCGGCAGCCAGUGAAGAUGCAGUCGGGAAUUUAGCCUCGGCAUCGGAGGGCGAAAGUUCGGGGGGUCGUGAAAUCGAGGCAAUUAUCAAAAAUAGUGCUGUGGCCCGACGUCGCCGGCAGCAACAGCAAUCGCAGCAGCAGCAACAUCAGCCAGAUGGCAAUCUCGUUGCGAAAAGCAAAAGUCACUCGGGCAUCGCAGCAGCACCCCUCGGCCUUGGCCCCCAGCUACCACCCCUUCCCAUUGGCGGCGGCUUCGUGAAGUUGCGUCAUGUAGCCAAGGAGGAGGAUCCAACCACCACCAGCAGCAGCAGCAGCAGCACUUCCUCCUCGAAGGAGUCGCCAGAUAAGCAAAAGGAUCAGGAGCAGGCAGAAGCGUCAGGAGACUCUUCGAAUCCAACGGCUCUGCCACAGUUUCUUCAAGGCGUCCAACGAUCAGCAACCGAGGUCAUGGGCCCCGAUCAGCGGUCUCUGGUGAUCGCGAAGACCGGCUCCAUUGCGGAGCGAUUGGCGGCGCUGCACAAAAGUGGCGAGGACGAUUGGAAAAAGCGCAUAUCGUCGAAGCGCGAUGAAGUCGACGAUGUGCACCGUGAAAACUUUGUAAACGAAUCGCUAUCUUUGGCCCACUCGCUGUCGGACAAGCCACUGCCCCCCUCGCCAUUGAUUUCCAUACCCAGCAGUUUGGAGGGCGGCAAGGUCUCCGAUCGUUUGAGCAAACUCAAGUGCAACUCGGAGAACUGGAAGCAGCGCAUUGAGCAAACCGAUGCCAAGAAGUUCACAGUCGCUGGCCGACUGCAAAAGAAGGCCCAAUCCCCCGUGGAGCUGCAAUUCGAACGCUCCGCCAAUGAUGCGGCCAAAAAGUGUCCCAUGCUGGAGGUGCGCAGUGCCAAUCAGCCGCAACUCGGUCUGGCCAAGAGCCCCUCCAUGAUGGUCACUUCGGGUAACAGCAACAAGAGCGCCGCACUGCGAAGCUUGAGUGUGAAUCCCGAGGAGGAGGUGCCCGCCAGCCUGAGUCGCUCCAACAGCAGCAGCUCGGAUUCUUCGGACGGCGAACGCAGUGCACCGCAGAAUGCCAAGCAAAAUAAGGAGCUGGCUAACAACAAGAGUGCCGCUGCUCCCACCAAUGUGGGCGCCAGGAUCCAGGUGCCGCGGCUGGACGACAAGGAGACCUUCGAGAACUUCUUCGCCUCGAAGCCCAAGAAGGAGGAGGCCGAGGCCGGAGGUGUGCAGCUGGAGAUCAGCGCCUUCGACGACAUCAAGCCCACAGAGCGCCUGGUGAGCAAGCGCCACGUGCAGGGUCCCAAGGGACGUCGGGCCGCACGCAAUCCUCUCAAGAGUUUGGCUGCCCGCGAGGACAUCACCUCGGAGUACACGGAAAUGCGGACUGGGAUGGCCGAGCGGGAGCUGCGACGCCUCAAGCUGGAGUCAUAUGGCCAUAAUGCCAACCUGGCUGCCGAGGCCAUUGCCGGACUGGCCUCCAUUGAGGACUUCAAGUCGGUGGCCCUGCGCUCCUCGGCGAUUCCCCUGCAGCAGAUGUGGCUGCCGCACAAGCCGCUGAUGCUGCUCCAUGUCAAGGGAAGGACCCAUGUCCAGACGCGUCUAGUGGACCCUGUUUACACCUCCCUGAAUCGAGGUGAUUGCUUCAUCCUGGUAGCCGGAUCCCAGCUUUUCCGCUACGUUGGCUCCUUUGCCAACGUAAUUGAGAUCUCGCGCAGCAAGAAGAUCUGCGCUGCCAUAGUGGAGAACAAGGAUUUGGGUUGCACGGCUGCCCAGGAGGUGAUCCUCACCGAUGGCAAGUACUUGAAGGAGCGCCAGUGGCGUCAAUUUUGGCAGCUGCUGGGCAAAAAAGAGGAUGACCCCGCGGAAAUAGCCGAAUGCGGUCAUGCGGAUGAGGACGAUGUGUUCGAGAGCAGUCUGAUUGAGACCAACAAGAUCUACGAGUACCAGGACGAGGCCCUCGUGCCGCUCGACAAGUUCUGGGGCUGCAUACCCAAGGUGGACAUGCUGGACACGCGAAAGGUGCUCGUCUUCGACUUUGGCAGCGAGCUGUAUGUGUGGAACGGCAAGAAUGCCCCUUCGGAUGCCAAAAGAGCAGCCAUGCGACUGGCCCAGGAGCACUUUUCAGCCGAGAAUUCAGCGGACUAUGCCGAUUGCUACCUGAAUCCCCUCAACUAUGCAGCCAUAGUGGGUCGUCGUGAGCACAACAAGUAUGCCAAGAGAUGCCCUCAACGUCCGGAAUGGUGUGUGCUGGGCAAGAUCACCCAGAACAUGGAGACGGUGCUGUUCAAGGAGAAGUUCAGCGACUGGCCGGAGCUGGAGAGGGAGGAUCUGGAGAAGGAUUACCUCUCCAAUGGUGUGCACAUAGUGCGCUCCCUGAACGGCAGCGCUUUGCACAAGGGCGAACCCUACCAGGAACCGAAUCUGGUGCUGGAGCAGGCCAAUCUGGGUCGCGGCAACUUCUACUACGACACGGACACCAUGCGGCACUUUGAUGUCAUAACCAAAUCCACGGACAAGUGGCAAAUACACGAGUUCAACUUUGAUGCGGAGACCAAGCGGGAGGACUAUGGCCACUUCUACUCCGCCGAGAGCUAUAUAGUGCGCUGGAUCUACCAGAUUUCGGUCACGGUGCGAGAGCUGAGUGGCAAGGUGUCGAACAGGAGCACAGUGGGACGCGACAGGUGUGUGUACUUCACGUGGCAGGGCCAGGACUCGAGUGCCAACGAGAAGGGAGCCGCUGCUCUGCUCACCGUGGAGCUGGACAAGGAGAAGGGCGCCCAGAUGCGUGUUUCGCAGGGGGAUGAGUGCACGGCCUUCGUGCGCCUGUUCCGGCAAAUGUGGCAGCAUCGUGGCCGCAAGGAGCAGUGCCUGGAGCGACGCAGCCAGUGGCGACUCUACCAACUGCAGGGCAAUGUCCAGGAGGAGGUGCUCUUGAAGGAGGUGGACUGCCAGUCCAGUCAGUUGCGAUCUCGCAGCUCCAUGCUGCUAGUACAUGGCAGUCAGGGCAGUGUCAUGGUCUGGCAUGGAUCAAAGAGUGCCCCGCACACACGAAAGGUGGCCCUGGAGGCGGCCCAGGAUCUGGUCAAGCAGUUGCCAAAGGAUCUCUUCACCAGCGAAUCGGCCAGCUUGAGUGAAACAGAGGAAGGUUCCGAGGAGGAGCAAUGCCAAAGAGCCCUGGGCUUAAAAGAGCAUAGAGAUGCCUAUGGCAGCCUCCUCAAAGCCACCGCCAAGUCAUUCGAUUACCAAAUAAGGCUCUUCAACUUCUCCAGCACCCAGGGCGUGUUCCAGGCUCUCGAACUGAGCGAUCCCCUGCGCUGUCAGGAUCUGCACAGUCCGUAUCCUUUCAGUCAGGCCCAGCUGUACAAUGCCAGGCAGCCCACCAUCUUCCUCCUGGACGAUGGCGACGAGCUGUGGCUCUGGAUGGGCUGGUGGCCCCUGGAGGAUGUUAAGUUAAAUACCGAUGAGCGAAGCAGUCCCACGAACGACAACCGGGCUGGAGUAAAUCGCUGGAUCUCAGAGAGACGCGCUGCCCUCGAGACAGCCGUCGACUAUUGGCGUGCCAAGCACGGCGAGAGCGAGGAGCCCUUCCAUGGGGUCAAGGGUCAGGUGGUGUGGGCCGGCCUGGAGCCGCUGGCCUUCAAGGCACUGUUUCCCGACUGGACAGACCGUUCGGACGUGAGGGAAAUCAACGAGGAGGAUGGACGAACGGAUGAGCCCAUGAGCAUCGGCACAAUGCUGGCACAAAUGACACAGACCGAGUAUCCGCUGGAGGUGCUGAAGGCGCGUCCCUUGCCGGAGGGAGUGGAGCCCACGCGACUGGAGGUCUACCUCAAUGCCGAGGACUUUCAGGUGGCACUGGGCUGCAGCCGAGCGGAAUUCGAGCAGCUGCCCAUCUGGAAGCAGACCAAGCUGAAGAAGGAGCGUGGGCUCUUCUAGGAGAGAGGCACAAUGCAACUUUAUAGACUUGAACACAAUUACAAUCGCAAUCGCAAUCACAACUAAACACAAAUACAAACGAAUCACUUUUCUAAGCACUUUUUGUAGGCGGCGAUGCUUUUGCAACGGACACAAAACACAGACACAGACAGAUCUGAACUUUCGUAUUCUAUAGGCCUAUAUAGUAUAGCAUAUACACACGUGCGCAUAUCCCCAUGUACUCUCUAUUUUACACACAUUACAUAGCCUUUAUAUAUGUAACGACUAUUAUACAAGUGCACGAUGCCAGGCAAUAAAUUUCAACUCGCUUCAUUCGAUUGCUGUUUCGGAUGGCGGAUAGUUUGGAGCUUUCGAUUUUACCUGUACAUAAGAUUAAGUUGAGUUAUUUUAUUAUUAUUUUAUUUUAUAUCGAUUUAACGAAAUUGCAUUUGUUCAAUCUCUGCAAAAGCCAAAAAAAAAAAGGAAAAAGAAACUCAACGAGCUCUCUCGUUAUUUAAUUGUUUUCAACUCUAAAUCAUUUUAGUGCUAGCUUUAUUUUCCUAAUUUUAUAACUAUGUAUUUGUGUUUUAUUAUGUUUAAAACUAUUGCUUAUAUUUAAUUUUUAUUAAAUAAAAUUUUAUUGUAUAUCAA